UUGCAGUAUGAUGUCUUUCUUGAUGGAUGUGUGGAUGUCAGCCAAGAUUUCGGUUGUGGCGGUGGAAAUCCCUGUGCAAACGGUGGUCGCUGUGUUCCAGUUAUGCGUGUAGAAAAAGACAGUAGUGGAGUCGAGGUGGAGAGCCCUUCGUUCAAUUGCAGCUGUCCUCCAGCAUUUCAUGGCGAAACUUGCGAGCUGGAGACCGACCGAUGCGCGGAGGAAAAUGUCUGUGGCGAUUUUCAGUGCCUACGAGACCCUACGGACUUGGAUAAUGGAUAUAGGUGUAUCUGCCCACCAAGCUAUAAACGCAAGAGUGCUGGAGAACCCCAGUGUGUACCACUGCCAGCCUGUGGUGAGACUGAAAAGCAUUCACUUGGUGAAGGGUUGUAUAUCUCCAACCCAUCGGCUACACAACAACCAUGCCUGAAUAAGGGUCAAUGCAUACAGGAUGAGAAUGAGCCUACCAUGUACACGUGUAUUUGUCAACCCGGAUACGCCGGAAAAGAUUGUGAAAUUGAACCACCUGCAGCCGUUUGGAGCCCUUGGUCAUCUUGGUCUCAAUGUAUUUGGCCAGAACCACAGGAAAUAUGCUACAAACGUCCAUACCAAGAAGAGACACGAGUGUGUAUAUCUUACACACCGGGUCAACGUUGUGUUGGACCUCAAAGACGUCAACGACAUACAGCAUGCGAUAUAAACUCGGGAAGCGCCAGCUCGUACACUGGUAUCACUUACCUGAAACGUGAAAGGCUGCGCAAGGCAAUGGAACUGUGUGACAUUGCUGGCAAGCGAAUACAAGCGUCAAUCAAUGAGGAACAACUUGGAGAGGUUUUGGUCAGUUUAGACGCUUUGGAUGAUUACAGUUCCAGAGGUCAAGAAAGCCCUCCAUUUUUGAAUUUGCCGGAGGCAUUACGGACAGGGGAUUUACAGGCUGUAAACUGGCCUAAAGCACAGGAUCUUUUGUUUAUGACUCUUUGGAUUUAUGCCGUGUUAAUUCACUUGUCACUGAUCAUACUUUGGAUUUAUUAUAUACACCGUUGGCGUACAGUGCCAUUUGUUCCCAAACGUUAA